AUGGCAAUCUUGCCCAAGGCGCAUGCUUGUUCCCUCGCUGAAAGAGCACUUUUUAUCUUCCCUCCCUCUGUAGCGAUCCAGGUGUACCCGGAUUUGCCCGAUGCAGAAAGCCGCCGGCCAGACUUCACCUCUCACAAUCCUGUGCUGCCUUCGCAAAUCACACUAGCAAGUCUCUGGCAAUCGAAACGCCAGCUUUCGAGAGGGCGCCAUUUGAAGCAAAUUUGGACUUCUUCUAGAUCAGGCUCUUCUGUCUCAGAUACAGGAUCGACUGACAAUAUGUUGCGCGACACGAGAGAAGCGGUCGAGGACUUGCGCGAUGGGAUCAAAUUCUUCAAGUCCAAUCCGAGCCUUUCGAAAGAUGCCUUGAAGACUCUCCAGAAGGAGCUCGUGGCCGCUAAACGUGAAGUUGCAAAGCCAGCGUCAGCGCCGCGUCGGCCACCUCAGCCGUGGAAGAAGGUGGUGGCGAAGAAUAAGGCAGCGGACAAUGCUGGUGAUGCUCCUCAAAAUGCUCAAAAGACUCCAGUGCCAGCGCAGACUACUUUGGAACAGUUGCUAGGCGCUGCUUCGGCCCGCGGCCAUCAGUCACCUGCCCAGAGACGCGACAAAACUGACCUGGAGAAGAGCGUCAGAAAAUUGCAGAAGCAAAGCCGAAAGCUUGGUCUCGACUCCGAUGAUGAGCAUGUGCCGUCGGAACCUGCUCCGAAGGAUUCGUCUACUCAGCAAGCGACUGCAGCUCCAUCGUCCACAGGUCCAGUGCAAGCCAAGGCUACGGCCAAGACGCCCGCGACGAAGUGGGCAGAUGAGAUGGAACUGCACGCAGAUAUGGAGCGGGUCACUCAAGGAGCGCGUGAGCUGCUGAAGGAUCUCUUCAACGCCAAGCAGGAUGCCUGGAACGCGAAGCAGGAUAUCUCGAAUGAACUCGACUCCAUGGUCGAUGCUAAGCUUGCACCAGUGGACGACAAGAUUCGAAACUUGGGCGGUAUGACUGACAAGGAAAAGCUGGAGCACCUGAAGGGGCAAUUCAACCAGUUCCUCGCCAAUCUUCGUAAGGAAUCGCCCCCAGAGCAGAUCAAGAAGCAAGUCUUCGAGCUCUUCAAGGACGAGUACCACCAAGUCUGUGAGAAGUAUUCCAAGCAAUCUGCCAGCGAAUCAUUUGAGAAGUGGGCCGAGACUGCACUCAAUCCGUGGCAGGAGGGAUUGGAAGGGGCUCGUGAUAUGCUGGAUCGGUCUCGAGCAGCGAUUGACCAGAAUCAGCAAACUGUCGAAGAUAUGAAUGCAAAGCUCGCCGAAUUGACAUCUGCGAACAAGUCGCUGCUCCUCGAGCGCAAUCUCCUGAUGGAGAAACACCCAGAUGUUGCAAAUUUGGUAAAGCUGGUCUCCAGACAGCAGAAGUCGCUCGCCAAUGCCAAAGAGCAAAUAAUACACCUAACGGAACGAAACCAAGAUCUGGAGGAGUAUCAGCAUCGGCAAGAAAAAUGGCAGCAAGAUGUCACAGAACACAUCAACUUUCUCUUGGAAGCGCACGAGGCUCAAAAUGCAACCAGACCUUACGUGCCUGGAUUGCACCUUCCAGUAGGUUCUCAAGGUGCGGCACAGAGCUUUGCGUCCGACCCACCCACCGGAGGUAGUAGUCAAUCUGCUCGCGGCGGAAGCGAGGCGACUCGCGGACGUGGACGCGGUGAUGGUGCUGGACGUGGUCGUGGCGGCAAUAUUGGCAAUGCCAAUGUUGGUGGCGGUGGAGGAGAUGGUCAAGAUCCACAAGGUAUCACCCCUGGUGUUGCUCGUGGUGGCCAUGCUGCUCGUGGCGGCCAUGCUGCUCGCGGUGGCCAUGCUGCUCGCGGUGGCCAUGCUGCUCGCGGUGGCCAUGCUGCUCGCGGUGGCCAUGCUGCUCGCGGUGGCUCUUAA